GUUCAAAUGGUACUGAAUACAAAACGUUGUGCCUAUUCAGUAGUCCCUUGCGGGGCUGUAGAAGGACAGGGAUGCAGAUGCGUUAUAUCCGGUGGUAAACUUCUCUACGCGUGACGCGAGCGUAAUCAAUCUGCGAUAUUGCGGACUGGGAUCAUGUAAUGCGGAGAUGCGAUCGUAUAUAAAGAGGUCUGAAGAUCAAUCGAGUUUCUGUCUUGCGUAUCCAAGCUGUAGAUUCUCCGUCGCAAUGCUGUCGUUGUUCACCCAUGUUUUGUUGGUCGUUUCGGGCGCACUCGCUGCGCCUGUUGAGAAUGUUCAGAGCGCUGCAGCAACCGUAGGCAAAAUACGUGGCGUUCGCGACCCAAUCUACCAUCUAUACCUGCAAGCAAGCGCUAAGAACGCCUCAAUCCCCGUGCUGGGACCCGAAACCGCAGCUGACGAAUUUACCAUCGGCGGCACCAUCCAAUCGAAGAAGACAAGUCAGUAUCUGAACAUUGCGACCGCAUCGACGAGCUACAAGCCGUUGGUCUGGGGGGCCACUGGGGAGACUACAGCGUGGGGAUUGGAGGGUGAUACCAUCAUUACUGUGCAGAGUAGUAGCUAUGGACGACAGCUGAACUUCCUCGUAUGUAAAUCGGCUGACGCAAGUUACUAUGACUUGUACUUGCAGACGGGGAGCGAUACGCCGAGUGGAAGGACAUGCAGCAAUUACCAGACGAUCCACCUACCGUGUCUGUGCUAGAGGUUACGAAGGAUGGGCGAUGGUUGUGUAGGCAAGGUGCUAGAAAUAACAACUGAGCCGUAGAAAACCGUAGAGUCUGUCAACAAUUCGUCAAGGCUCGGUCCGAUCAGUAAUUGAGAAUACUGAGUACUGAGCUGCU